AUUAUCCACAAUUCCACACUGCUUGUAUAUUGCUUUAAUUAAUAGAAGUAAGGUCCCUAGAAGUAAAUACAGAUUACAGAGUACUAUCACAGAUUUUUUUAUAUUGAAAAUAGUACUAUCGCAAAUUAGCAAGUAGCAACAGAGUAAGGUCCCAGGCUUCUAAUUGGGGGUUCCGAUCAUAGCAACAGAGUAAGGUCCAAGGUUUCUAAUUGGGGUUUCCGAUCGGUGAAGCACGUCAUCUUAUUAGCGACAGACUCCGGGAGAUAUAAUCGAUUAUUUCGAUCUGGGAUGGAACAAUCAUGGUCGCAAUAAGGAUAGGGAGGACAAACCGGCCUAGUGUUUCGACGCAGAUGAGAUGCGCAGCAGGCAUAGGAAUUGCAGAUUACCAGAUGCAGAACGAGGAGCGGAUAAAUCUAAGAUUGAAGAUGGAAGAUGGGAGCCAAGUCUCUCAGAUGAUGUGACGGCUUUUUGUUUGAGUGAAGCAAGGUAAUUUGCGAUUCUAAUUGGAAAAACAGUGCCGUUUUGGGAUCUGUAUACCUUGUUCACGGUAUACCGAUCCCACGGUAUAAUUUGCCCUAUUUGUGUACUUUUGCUAAGUUUUAGUAUACCUACGAAGUAGGGUAGUUCUAGAUGUAAACAAAAUUUGAACACAAAUUGCACAUUGUCUGUGUACACGGAUAUUUUGACUUAAAAUUCUACUUUUUUUAAACAAAUUAUCUAUAUACACACGUAAUUACGGGUUGGGUUGGGUUGUGUACAAUUUGUGAACUAAUUUUGUGUAGAAGAGAUAAUUUUUCAACCAAGUACUCUGUAAUCCACCGAAUCCAUGCCCAAUCAUAUCAAUGCCCUGAAACAUAGGGUGAAUUUUCCAUUUAAUAAUCUGCCAAGCCAAAGCAACACUCUGCCAUCCUAUCCUUCCAGCAUACAAAUCACAAUCAUUUUCUUCUUACAAAUCACAAUCAUUUUACAAUCAUUUUCUUCUUAUUUCACGCUUCCUUACCUUGCCUCCAAGUUUUUGAUUGCAGAGUGAAAUGGCUCAAGAAGAAGUGAUAUUGUUGGACUUCUGGCCGAGCAUGUACGGGAUGAGGGUAAGGAUUGCUCUGGCAGAGAAGGAGAUUAAGUAUGAGUAUAGAGAAGAGGACCUCAAGAACAAGAGCGACCUGCUUCUGAAGAUGAACCCGGUUCACAAGAAGAUCCCGGUUCUCAUCCACAACGGCAAGCCGGUCUGUGAGUCAACCAUCGUAGUGGAGUAUAUUGAUGAAGUUUGGAAGGACAAGGCGCCUCUGCUCCCCUCUGAUUCUUAUCAGAAAUCCCAGGCUAAGUUUUGGGCCGACUACGUUGACAAGAAGGUUCAUGAUCCUGGUAUGAAAGCAUGGACUUCAAAGGGAGAAGAGCAAGAGGCAGCAAAGAAGGAGUUUAUAGAAGUCCUCAAGGUGUUGGAAGGAGAACUGGGAGAGAAGCCAUACUUUGGGGGUGAGAAGUUUGGGUUUGUGGAUGUUUCCCUCAUUGGAUUCUACAGCUGGUUUUAUGUUUAUGAGACUUUUGGCCAUUUCAGCAUAGAAGCUGAGUGCCCUAAACUGAUUGGUUGGGCUAAGAGGUGCAUGGAGAGGGAGAGUGUGUCCAAGUCUCUUCCUGACCCUCACAAGGUCUAUGAGUUUGCCCUAAUGCUGAAGGAAAAAUGGGCAUUGCCUAAACAGUGAACACCACUCAUUAUAGAUGUAUAGUAUAUGCUCAAUUUGCUUGAGUGUCUGAAUAAUGUAUGUAUGGCAAUAAUGUUACUUUCAUCUAUGUGGUCUAAUCAAGUUUGUGUUACAAACAUGUUUUCAUUAUUUCUGUAAGUAUUUCCUAAGUAUUGCAUUUUGAUUCUAUCAUUUCCACAUGUAUCACAAUUUUCUAAUUUUCUAUGUCCCUUUUUAACUGUCAUAUUAGGUUUUUCACGAUA